AGGAGCCUGCGGUCGAGAGCGGCCCCGAGUGGGAGUACGCCUACCACGGGACGUGGUGGUACGCGGCCUGGCUCAUUCUGGAGACGGGCGUCUUCCUCGAGUCCAACGACCUCAGCCUCGGGCACGACUUCUGGGAGCCGGGCGUGUACUGCUCCCCGGACUUGGACACGGGGCUGUGGUACGCCCGCCCCCACAUCCUCUUCGGGGACGGCGUGUACCACCGAGUGAUCCUUGAGCUCAAGGUUGACCCCGCCCGGCGCAAGAAGAACAGAAAGCGCGGGGGCGUGCAGUGGGUCUUCCCCUUCGAGGCCGUGGCCCUCAGCGCCGUGCUGGUCCGCAUCAACGCCCCGCCAGCCAAAGGCGAGGAGCGAGUAAACGAGUGGGAGCCCGAGCUCGAGGCGGUCCCCCUGGACGCGCUGCGCCCGGAUGCGAUCGUCAACCCCCGGCAGGAGCCGUGGCCGUACUACGACGACCCGCACCCGUUCGACCUGGGCAGCACGGACGUGCCGCCGUGGAUGCGGACCCCGAAGGCCCUCCGGCGCGAGUGGGGGUGA